AUGCCUCAAAAUGAGUACAUGGAGCGAUUCCGCAAAACCCAUGGUCGCCGUCUCGACCACGAGGAACGGGCGCGGAAGCGCGAAGCGCGAGAAGGCCACAAGGCGUCCAAGGACGCACAGAACCUGCGGGGUCUGAGGGCGAAGCUGCAUCAGGCGAAGCGGCACAAGGAGAAGAUCCAGAUGCGCAAGCAGAUCAAGGCGCACGAGGAGCGCAACGUCAAGUCAGCGUCCGAGAACGACCCCAAGACCCCGUUGCCCAACUACCUGCUCGACCGCUCCAACCCGACCCAGGCCAAGGCCCUCAGCACCGCCGUCAAGAACAAGCGCGCCGAGAAGGCCGCCAAGUUCGCCGUGCCCCUCCCCAAGGUCCGCGGCAUCAGCGAGGACGAGAUGUUCAAGGUCAUCAGCACCGGAAAGAAGGUCCACCAGAAGAGCUGGAAGCGCAUGGUUACCAAGCCUACAUUUGUCGGGCCCGAUUUCACGAGGCGGCCUGUCAAGUACGAGCGUUUUAUACGGCCUAUGGGUCUACGAUACAAGAAAGCCAACGUGACGCACCCCGAGCUAGGCGUAACGCUACAGCUCCCCAUCGUCAGCGUCAAGAAGAACCCCCAGCAACCGCUAUACACGCAACUCGGUGUUCUAAGCAAAGGUACCAUCAUCGAAGUCAACGUGUCCGAGCUCGGACUUGUCACUGCCGGCGGCAAGGUUGCUUGGGCCCGGUACGCCCAGAUCACGAACAACUGCGAGAACGACGGUUGCGUAAAUGCGGUGCUACUGGUUUAA